AACGAUUCCUGUCUUGUCCACAAAGAAAACUCCGCAAAGUGAAAAUUCCAAAAGCAACGCAGAAAGAAGCUUUUUUCUACUUUCUAGGUUCAAGCAUCACCAAAUCGAAAUACUGUCUCAACUCUUGCUGCAAACCCUAAGUCCAGCUUCUUUCUCUGAUUCAUACGACGUCCUUGCGAUGUUCGGAGGCGGAGAUGACGAAGCCUUGUCCCGCUUGGGCAUCAUGACGCCUUCCCUCCUCAAAACGGCCUCGUCGUCGUUGAUUUCCGGUGAGAUGUCUCCGUCGACGGCAGCUGCGAUGGUAAGGGACGACAGGGCUCCAGCGCAGCCGCAGUGGGGCCAGCAGGAAACGAGGGAGUUCAUAGCGAUCCGCGCGGAGCUGGAACGGGACUUCACUGCGUCUAAGCGAAAUAAGACCCUCUGGGAGGUAGUCAGCGCCAAGAUGAGGGAGAGAGGCUUUAGAAGGAGUCCUGAACAGUGUAAAUGCAAGUGGAAAAACCUUGUUAAUCGUUAUAAGGGGAAAGAGACAUCAGAUCCGGAGCAUGGGAGGCAAUGUCCUUUCUUUGACGAAUUACAUGCCAUCUUUGCUCAAAGAGCGCAGAACAUGCAGCGGUUACUUCUUGAAUCUGAGGCCCGUUCAACUCAGACAAAGAAGGGGGUGAAAAGACUAAGUGGAGACCGGUCAUCAGAGGAAUUCUCGGAAGAUGAUGACGAGGUUGAAGAAGACAGUGAAGAGGAGAGACCUGUAAGAAGCAACUCUCGCAAAAGGAAAGCAGAUAAGGUUGCAAUGGAGAAAUCUUCAAGGGCAAACAAUGCAUCAGAUACUAUCAGUAAUACUGCUAAUAGCAUUCAGGAAAUGCUCAAGGAAUUUUUCCAGCAGCAACUGAGGAUGGAGAUGCAGUGGAGGGAGAUGAUGGAAAGGCGUGCUCAUGAAAGGCAGCUGUUUGAGCAGGAAUGGCGGCAGUCAAUGGAGAAGCUUGAGAAGGAGAGAUUGAGGAUUGAGCAGGCAUGGAGGGAGAGAGAAGAGCAGAGAAGAAUGAGAGAAGAGAGCCGAGCAGAAAGGAGAGAUGCACUGUUGACGUCCCUUUUGAACAAGCUCAUCCAUGAAUCUAAUUAGCUGAGGCAAUUGGAUUGAGGUUCCUUAUAGCUAAUUUAUUCUUUGUUUCAAUUUAAUUUCAUAUGGUUCUAAUUUUAAGUAUUGAUGAACCAAAUAUCAUUUAGCUUGUUAUUGAAGAGUUUAUAGAUGAGAAGUGGGCUGAUGGAGGAAGGAGAUAAUAUUGAUCUUAUGGGAAUAUAUGCACAAUUCCUUUGUUGUAGAAAGAGGCUUUUAGUGGACAGUUUUCGGAUACUUUUGGUUGUCAUUAAUUUCUGGAUACACUGCUCUAACUGAAGAAGGUAUGGGUUUUACAUGAACUUUGAAUGAUUUUUUUUUUUAUGUACAUAUAUACAUGUUUUUCCUCUGUAAGAGAUUCAUGUAAGAAUAAUAUACUUGUGUUCUAGUUGGAAA